AUGGACAUGGAAAGGAUGAUGCAAGCGGCGAGGCCUCAUGCCGUGGUGGUGCCGUACCCAUGCCCCGGCAACAUUAACCCGGCACUGCAGCUCGCGAAGCUGCUGUACCUGCAGGGCGUGUAUGUGACUUUCGUGAACACGGAGCACAACCACCAACGCGUGGUGGCCACCGAUGGCGCCGAGGCCUUGCGCGGCUGCGACGGCUUCCGGUUCGAGACGAUCCCCGAUGGCUUGUCUGCAGCGGAACGGGGCGCGCAUGACUAUGGACUGAGCCUGUCCAUGGCCGUCAGCCAGCGCUGCGCUGCUCCCCUCAGAGAGCUCAUCGCGCGGCUGAACUGCACCGCCGGUGUGCCGCCCGUGACAUGCGUGGUACCGACGUUCAUGAUGAGCUUCGCGCUGGACGUGGCGCGUGAGCUGGGCCUCCAGAGUAUGUCGCUCUGGGGAUGCAGCGCAGGCGCUCUCAUGGGACACAUGAAGCUCCCGGAACUCAGGGAUAAAGGAUAUUUCCCUGUCAAAGGUAUUUCAUUUGUCACUAUUUGGGAAAUAUAUUUUAGCAUCAUCGACUGGAUCCCCGGCAUGCCACCGAUAAAACUGGGCGACAUCUCGGGCUUCCUUCGUAGAACUGACGACCCCGACAGCUUCGGCCUCCGCUUCAACGAAUCGGAGACCCGCAACCUCGCAAAGGCCGGGGCCGUCAUCCUCAACACCUUCGAUGAACUCGAGUCCGACGUCCUCUCCGCCCUCCGUGCCGAGUACCCGCGCGUGUAUACUAUUGGCCCCUUGGGUUCCCUCCUCCGCCACCAUCACAUCAACAAUGACGCUACCGCCGGCGACUCCACAAGCCUCAACCUGUGGAAGAAGGACACCGAAUUUGUUCCAUGGCUAGACGCCCAGGAACCCAACUCCGUGGUGUACGUCAACUUUGGCAGCCACGCGGUGCUGACGCCUGAGCAGAUGGCCGAGUUCGCGUGGGGCCUCGCCGCGGCGGGCUACCCGUUCCUGUGGGCGGUGAGGGACAGCGACGUCCUUGCCGGACUGCCACCGGAUUUCCUGUCGGAGGUGUCCGGUCGGUGCCGCCUGACCACGUGGUGCGCGCAGGAACACGUCCUGCGCCACCGUGCGGUGGGCUGCUUCCUGACGCACAACGGCUGGAACUCGACGUGCGAGAGCAUCGCCGCGGGCGUGCCGAUGGUGUGCUGGCCGGGGUUCGCGGACCAGUACACGAACAGCAUGUACGCCUGCGAGGUGUGGCGCGUUGGCACGCGGCUGGACGACGAGGUGAGGAGGGAGCAGGUUGCCCGCCGUGUGAGGGAGGUGAUGCAGGUGGAGAACGGUGUCAGGGGAAGCGCCGAGAUGUGGAAGGCGAAGGGCGAGGAAGCCGUUUGUGCCGGUGGCACGUCGCACGACAACAUGCAGCAGAUGGUGAAGGCGAUCAACAUCAAGGCUACCGACUCAUGA